GGCAUCUGGAACCUUUUAAUAUAAUGCACACAACCAACAAUCUUCUUCAUUGUCUUUUGGCCUUUGGCUUCUGUAAGGGAGAGAUCUCUCUCCAGAUCUCUUGUUCCCUACGCCGGUUUCUCUGCUAGAGCUCACCAUCAUGACUCGAGGAAGCCAGAGAGAGCGAGACCGUGAAAGGGCUCAAGCUCGUGCAGGAGGCAAAGGGAAGACCAAAGAUGAUGGUCUAACUCCAGAGCAACGCCGUGAAAGGGAUGCGAAAGCAUUGCAAGAGAAGGCGGCGAAGAAGGCUGCUCAAGCUGCAGGAGCAGCUAAUUCUGGAGGAGGAGGCAAAGGAAACACUAAUAAGAAAUGAUUCAUCAAUGUUGUUGUAACUUGUAACUUUCUUUCUUUUUCAAAAUCGUUAUUGUUUCUGUGUUGAACUUUGGUUUUGAAAUGUGAAACUUUGAUGUUUUGUGGUGUGAAAGUAUUUUGUUCUUUAUUAAUGGAAUGCAUUUUCGAUUUGAACAAUGACAAGAUUACAAUUAUGUUUGUCUAAACCUCUGAUGAUAAUCAAAAGAAAAAUUAUCAUAUGAUCACAUUCUGUAAUUUUACAUAGCAUAUGUAAACAACCAUCCUUUUGAAGGUUUUCAUAAUAAUCUUUGUACUGAAGUUUUUGAUAACCAAAACCUGUAAGUGUGGAUGUCAAGUAACG